UCCCUCUGCUCUGAACUUCACUCCGCCCACACGUGCUUCAGGCUGGCGGCGCUGCGCAGCUCUCCUCUCUGCCUCUCAUCUGCCUCUCCAAAUUCAGCGCUCCACUUCUCCUCUCUCUAGCGGUGUGCCUGCCUACAGACGGACCUACCCACAGCAUAAUACGCUUUUAUCUUUCAAUAGACGGACAAAUAAGGACGCAGAUGUCUCCGCUAUCCACUUUAGGAGCGUUUCCGUACUAAACUGAAUUACCCGUACAUUCAUCACGCCUUCGUUUUGUCACCAUUUUAAAUGAAAAAAAUGACACUGGCGUGGAAUAGUGGUGGACUGUUUUACUUGAAAGUGUGGACGUGCUUUUUCAGCCUCGCGGUGCUCAGGACUCUCUCUAUACCGGCUAAUGAAGUGAACUUACUGGACUCUCGUUCUGUCAUGGGGGACCUGGGGUGGAUAGCCUACCCAAAGAAUGGGUGGGAGGAGAUAGGUGAAGUGGAUGAGAACUAUGCUCCGAUCCACACGUACCAGGUGUGUAAAGUGAUGGAACACAAUCAGAACAACUGGCUCCAGACCAACCUUAUCCUCAACGAGGGGGCUCAGAGGGUGUUUGUGGAGCUGCAGUUCACUUUGAGGGACUGUAACAGCCUUCCGGGCGGUGUGGGGACCUGCAAGGAGACCUUCAACAUGUACUACUACGAGUCAAACGAGGAGGAGGGGAGCAACGUCAGGGAGAGCCAGUACUCUAAAGUAGACACCAUCGCUGCUGACGAGAGCUUUACGGAGUUAGACCUGGGAGACAGAGUGAUGAAGCUGAAUACAGAGGUUAGGGAUCUGGGGCCGUUGAUGAAGAAGGGGUUCUACCUGGCGUUUCAGGACCUAGGGGCCUGUAUAGCCCUGGUCUCUGUCAGAGUGUUCUAUAAGAAGUGUCCCUUCGUAGUGAGGAACCUAGCUCAGUUCCAGGACACUAUCACAGGGUCGGACUCCUCCCAGCUGCUGGAGGUGGCAGGAAGCUGCGUCAACAACUCGGUGGCGGAGGACCUACCCAGGAUGCACUGCAGCGCAGAGGGGGAGUGGCUAGUGCCCAUCGGGAAGUGUAUGUGCCAGGCCGGGUUUGGGGAAGUGAAUGACAGUUGUCAAGUGUGUAAAGCGGGUUUCUUCCGAUCGGUGCUGCAGACACCUUCCUGCAGUAAAUGUCCUCCUCACAGCUUCAGCAGAGUCCAGGGUUCCACAGCCUGCAGCUGUGAGGAGGGAUACCGCAGGAGAGACAGCGACCCGCCCAACAUGGCCUGUACACGACCGCCCUCUGCUCCUCGUAACGCCAUUUCCAACGUAAACGAGACGUCGGUCUUCCUGGAGUGGGCGGUUCCCGAGGAGACUGGCGGCAGGAAGGACGUCAGCUAUAACAUCCUGUGCCGUAAGAUCAGUGUUGACAGCAGACACUACGAGGAGUGUGACAGCACGGUGCGGUUCCUGCCCCAACGCAGCGGUCUCACCAACAACUCUGUGAUGGUGGCAGACCUUCUGGCUCACACUAACUACACCUUCGAGGUGGAGGCCAUCAAUGGAGUGUCUGAGCUCAUCAACCCCGGACGAAAGUUUGUCUCUCUCAACGUCACCACCAACCAGGCAGCCCCUUCUCUGGUGAGUGUGGUGAGGAAAGGGAAUUCUGGGAAGAACAGUAUCUCUGUGUCGUGGCAGGAACCAGACAGACCCAAUGGGAUAAUCCUGGAGUACGAGAUCAAGUACUUUGAGAAGGACCAGGAGACCAGCUACACCAUCAUCAAGUGCAAGGAAACAGAAAUCGUAGCUGAUGGGCUGAAGCCAUCAUCAGUUUACAUAUUCCAGAUCAGAGCCAGAACAUCAGCCGGGUACGGAGGAUUCAGCCGACGCUUCGAGUUUGAGACCAGCCCCUACUCAGUAGCGGCAUCCAGUGACCGGUCUCAGGUCCCCAUCGUCGCUGUAGCCAUCGCUGUAGGAGUUAUACUACUGGCCCUGGUGACUGGCUUCCUGCUUAGUGGAAGACGGUGUGGCUACAGCAAGGCCAAGCAGGACCCUGAUGAAGAGAAGAUGCACUUCCACAACGGCCACAUUAUGUCCCCUGGGAUGCGUACGUAUAUCGACCCCCACACCUACGAGGACCCCAACCAGGCCAUCCAUGAGUUCGCCAAGGAGAUCGAUGUCUCCUGCAUCACCAUUGAGAGAGUCAUCGGAGCUGGUGAGUUUGGGGAGGUGUGCAGCGGGCCCCUGCGUCUGCCUGGCCAGAGGGAGUUCCCAGUAGCCAUUAAGACCCUGAAGGCUGGUUACACAGAGCGACAACGGCGGGAUUUCCUGGGGGAGGCUUCCAUCAUGGGACAGUUUGAUCAUCCAAACAUCAUCCACCUGGAAGGCGUGGUAACCAGGAGUAAACCUGUGAUGAUCGUCACAGAGUACAUGGAGAACGGAUCACUGGACACCUUUCUCAAGAAGAACGAUGGCCAGUUCACAGUGAUCCAGCUGGUUGGGAUGCUGCGUGGUAUCGCGUCGGGCAUGCGCUACCUGUCUGACAUGGGCUAUGUGCACCGGGACCUGGCAGCUCGUAACAUCCUGGUUAACAGCAACCUGGUGUGUAAGGUGUCCGACUUCGGCCUGUCCAGAGUCCUGGACGACAAUGCUGAGGCUGCAUAUACGACCAGGGGCGGUAAGAUCCCGAUCCGCUGGACGGCUCCAGAAGCGAUAGCGUUCAGGAAGUUCACCUCCGCCUCUGAUGUGUGGAGCUACGGAAUCACCAUGUGGGAAGUGAUGUCAUAUGGAGAGAGACCCUACUGGGAGAUGAGUAACCAGGAUGUUAUUAAGGCAUUAGAGGAGAGCUACCGUCUCCCUGGCCCUAUGGACUGUCCUGUAGCCCUGUACCACUUGAUGAUGGCCUGCUGGCAGAAGGACAGAAACAGCAGACCCAAGUUUGAGGAGAUUGUCUCUCUGCUAGACAAACUGAUUCGCAACCCCAGCAGGCUCAAAGCCCUGGUCAACUCAUCACACAGGGUUUCUAAUCUAGUGGACCCGGCGACCAGUCUGUCUGCAUCAGUAGGCCCGACGGAGACCAGUCUGUCUGCAUCAGUAGGCCUGACGGAGACCAGUCUGUCUGCAUCAGUAGGCCCGACGGAGACCAGUCUGUCUGCAUCAGUGGGCCUGACGGAGACCAGUCUGUCUGCAUCAGUAGGCCCGACGGAGGGCAGUGUGUACCAGUCUGUAGACGAGUGGCUGGAGGGGAUCAAGAUGGGUCGCUACUCGGAGCUCUUCAUGGAAAGUGGAUACAUCUCAGUGGAAGUGGUGUCUCACAUGACCCUGGAUGACCUGAGGACGGUUGGAGUGACCCUGGCUGGACAUCAGAAGAAGAUCAUCAACAGCAUCCAGGAGAUGAGGGUUAGCCUGGUGAAUGCUACUCUACCCAUCUGACCUCUAACCCCUCACCCUAUGGCCAGAUGUACAGUAUGGACACCAUAUCUGACCUUUGAACCUUUGGUCAGACGAGAUGAACGCUACUGUACCCAUCUGACCCUACAGGAUGUUGGGUCUCGACAUACAGACACUUCAGUACCGAUCUGACCAAUGAUACAGGCCAGACGUAUGAACUUUACAGUACCGAUCUGACCAAUGAUACAGGCCAGACGUAUGAACUUUACAGUACCGAUCUGACCAAUGAUACAGGCCAGACGUAUGAACUUUACAGUACCGAUCUGACCAAUGAUACAGGCCAGACAUAUGAACUUUACAGUACCGAUCUGACCAAUGAUACAGGCCAGACGUAUAAACUUUACAGUACCGAUCUGACCAAUGAUACAGGCCAGACGUAUAAACUUUACAGUACUGAUCUGACCAAUGAUACAGGCCAGACGUAUGAACUUUACAGUACCGAUCUGACCAAUGAUACAGGCCAGACGUAUGAACUUUACAGUACCGAUCUGACCAAUGAUACAGGCCAGAUGUAUGAACUUUACAGUACCGAUCUGACCAAUGAUACAGGCCAGACGUAUGAACUUUACAGUACCGAUCUGACCAAUGAUACAGGCCAGACGUAUAAACUUUACAGUACCGAUCUGACCAAUGAUACAGGCCAGACGUAUGAACUUUAC